UAAGAUGGUGCGUGUGUGUGCGUGUAUUUAUCGAUAGAGUUCGUCGCCUCUGAUUAUUACCAUUGGGGGUUUCUUUGAACCAUUGAGGCGAUGAGCCGAGUCUUUAGGGGGGCAGGGUCACAUUUUAUCGUGGCUUCGUGACACUUUACCUUCAGCGCUAGUGGCGUUCGCACUGUCUCUCAUCAAGUCGUCUCGAAAAAGGUUUCUCAUUUCAGCUACCUGCUCUUUCGUUCUCGAUCUCACCAUCCUCGAUUUUUUUUGUUAUUGCAUCUCAACUUAAUUAGUGCAUGAUUUCAUCACGAACCUGAUCUAAUUACUUAUUCUCUGGAUACAUGCUAAAUAAUUUCAAAGUGGAUGCAUGCAAUGUUACUGUGAUUGUCUUCAUUUAGACGGAUACCUACAUGAAUGUUAUUUCUUCAUCACCUGCAAGAGAUUGAAUAUCUAUUAAAUGUCUGUGAUAUCACCUCAAACUAAGCCAGAUUCUGGUUAUUUCUUUUCUUCUCCCGGUUUUCCUACCAGCCGACACGCCUAUAUGAAUAGCCAAGCUCUAGACUUCGGCUCUGUCGGUCAGCUCCAGAGCGCCAACAAGCAUGCUAAACUCUUCUCAGCGGACCUCCUCAACUCCGCCAUCCUAGAAGACUCGGAUGCUGCGAUGAAUGCCGCCAAAACGAGCUUUUCAGUCAAAGAUAUCUUGGACCUACCACACGCCGCCGUGGCUGCCGCCGCUGCUGCGGGGGUGACCGGAGCGACUCACCCGAUCACCGGACUGCCGCUGGAUAAGGCAUUCCUUACAGACUCGCAGAUGGAAGCAUUAAAACAGACGAUGACUAACGGGACAGACCAGGGAACAGGUGGCGGUGGUGGAGGAGGACGAGUGGAUACAGGAGUGGUCUCUGGACAGACGGGUGUGGAUUCGAUCUACGAUCAGAGUGAUAACCCGUAUACCAGAUGGCUUCAAAAUCAAGGAGGCGAUGCAGUCCAUUAUCCAUCGUUGACACAGAACACAGUAUCCCACAACAGCACCUCAUCCACCGCGACAUCACCUACUUCCACGACGGCAUCCGCUCAGGUUCACGAAGAUGACGACGACGACAUCGACUCCAUUGCUUCCGAUAAGGACGGUGACUCGGCGAGUCGUGACACGUCAUCGCCGUCAUCGGGUGAUCCUCCGAAGAAACGAAAGCGACGUGUGCUGUUCUCCAAAGCCCAGACAUACGAACUAGAGAGGAGAUUUCGACAGCAGAGAUACCUAUCCGCACCAGAAAGGGAACACUUGGCGAGUAUCAUCCGACUCACGCCAACACAAGUCAAGAUUUGGUUCCAGAACCACCGCUACAAGCUGAAGCGUGCCCGCCAAGAAAAGGGCCUAGACUUGAAUCCAUUACCGUCUCCUCGACGCGUUGCCGUUCCCGUUCUGGUGAGAGAUGGCAAACCUUGCAACGCUGGUAUGGGUGGUAUGAAUGGUACCAACAUGGGAACACAUGGAGCUGCAGCAGCAGCGGCGGCAGCGGCAGCAUCGGCCUGCAUGUCAGCAGCAGCCAAGUCUCACCAUCAUCACCAUCACCACCACCAAGACUCGUUGUUGGCGCCCACGGCAGCCGUGACGGCCCCACCACCUCUACAACACAUGCAACAUUAUCCGUCACCUUGUAGCUAUUCAACAGUGACAGCACCGUAUAACAGUAACUAUAGUUCAUUUAGCAACAUGUCAAUGGCAAACAACAUGCAGUACACAGGUUCAAUGGCACAACCUUGGGCGUGGUGAGGUAGGCCUACAAGAAAAAAAAAGAUGCCAUGAACUGUUCUAACUUUUCAACUCUGCUCGUUGGGUUAAACAGGACCUCAAUUGAAAUAAUUAUUAAAAUCUGCUUUUGUUUUGUGGAUUUGCCGUUUUGAUCAAAUCAAUUAAAAAAAUACGAGGCCGCGACCUGCGCCCCGCAACGUAAAAGUUGGUGAUGAAUUGCAAAUAUGAAAGAACCACCCUGAUUGGUUCUUGGUCAGUGUUUUGAACAAAGUGCGCAUGCAACGGUGAUCUUGAUUGGGCAUUGGCAUUUAGCGAUUGAUUGCAAACCUAUGUUAGAGAGUUCCGGGUCCCUUAACACAAAGGUUAUACGAUUAAUCGCUUAUUAUUUUGAAAGAACAGUUCUGACUGGUUCUUAGUCAGUCUACUGAGCAUGCAACGAUGAUCUUGAUAGGCCAUUUCAUUUAGCGAUUGAUCGCUAACCUUUGUGCUACCGGGCCAAGGUGGGUGUUUCAUAAAGCUGUUCGUAAAGUUACGCACAACUUUACGCACGACUGGAAUAUGUUCUUAGGUCCUACAUCAAUCACAUAUUGAUAUCACUAAGCGCAAGAAAGGAUCACCAGUCGUGCAUAAAGUCAUUCGUAUCUUACGAACAGCUUUAUGAAACACCCACCAGGACACAAGUUGCUGGAUAUGACAUUUUAAAGCGUGUGUGUGGGUGGAUGUAUGUGUGUUUUUUUAAAGAGAGGGGGAGGGGCUAUUCCAACACCAAAGUAAAAGACGGUGGGAUAUGAAAUGUAAGACUGUCCCAUUAACGUCAUCGCUUACCACUGAAAUAAGUAUUAUGUAAGAAAAUUCGACAGAGGAAAGUAUAAUGGAAAUAGUUUUAACACUCAAGAUGGACGGCAUGACCGAUUCAUGCGUUGUGUUUAUGAUAAGCUAUAUACUAAUGAGAUAAGCUGUAAGUUAUACCAAAGAAGUGAAUUUAAGAACAAUUGCCACCUACUUGAAAUGUCAUUAACUACCUGAUGUAUAUAGGUGCUUUUUACUUGAAAGAAUCACUAAAUGGUUUUUUUUAGAAAUAUAUCGUUCUUUAACAAUGUAUCGUGCUUGAUUAAUUGCGGUAAUUGGAUUAUUUUACUUCAAAGACAUUCGGGAUUGUCGUAGAAUCUGAUAUUUAGGUAAAAAG